AUGGGUAAGGAAAAUGAUUGCGACGACAAUGCAGCGAAGGUCAAGGCGUUGUAUUACACGAUGCGAUCGUUGGAGAACAAGUUGGGAGGAGGCGAGGGGAUAGAGGGCCUGUACGGCACGCUGGCAUGCGGUGGCAUGCAAAAGGUCCUCGACUGCAUGGCAGCGAACUGUGGGCUAAAAAGCACCAGUCGCCUGGUGGAUGUUGGAGCCGGGAUAGGCAGGCCGUUGCUGCAUGCCGUCGUGGGGCGAUAUGCGGCGAGCGCGUGGGGUGUGGAAAUCGAUCGAGUGAAGGCCGACAAAGGGAACGCCUUCAUGCGCUACGCGGCCGCUGACAUGGCGCGCCGCAAUGCUGACUGGACCGAUUUUGAGGUGCCCAGCAUCCAAUGUGCGCCCAUCGAAGAGAUAAAGACGCUCGAUCCGGCGACGCAUGCGUACUCGUUCUGGGAGGGCGGUUCAUACAACCUGCAAUCCUCAUUCAUCGACCCUCAGAACCUGCAAGAAUUCCCAUGCGAGCAGGCGGUGGCGAUCGGGCAGCGGGCCAUGCGCGGGCGAGACCCGGUGGUAGUCAUGGAGGACCUGGGAUUUGGCGAGCUCACCCUGGUCGACUCAUUCUCCGUCAGCAUGUCAGGGAGCGGGCGCAGUUUCACUGCGUACGUCUUCAGCCGCAAGGGCUUUGUGCCGCCGCCGCUCGAAAACUACUCGGCAGCUGCCGAGGAAGCUUCUGCGCUGCAACCGGCAACGCCGCAUGACUCACGCGAGCUGCCGCUCAUCCGCAGGAGCUCCUCUGAGUACACCGACUGCACAAGGCUCGGGUCAGAGGAGGAGUGCCAGCUGGUGGCCAAAACAGGCCACCGGACGCGCUCGCGUUCGGGAGCGUUGCCUCGCCGCCCGUACGGAGGCGAGCCCUCCGACGCUGCGCCAGUUCAGGCUCCAGCCCCUAGAAAGCCACGGAGCACUGCAGCUUCCAAACCCCCACGAGGCUCAAGCCGGCUGGUGCAUCUUGAGGAGGCAACAGCAGAGGAGCCUGUGCUAGCUUCGGCAGCGCAAUUCCUCUCAGACAUGCCCGCCACCAAGGCGGCAGCAGCCAGCAAGGACACCGGCAGCGUUGUGUCUCUGAAGCUCAGCAGCGAGCAACCAGUCAAGUGUGGUGCCCAGCCAGUGCAGCCAUCGGAGACAGGCGAUGACGCAAGAGAAGCGACAGGCGGUGCAGAAAUGCGCGAGCUCACUCCGCGUUCUGCAAAGACCUCCGCUUCGCAGGCGCUGAGGCGCAGUCCAACAGGCGGCGUGCAAAAGGCAUGCGCGCUGUCUCCUAGAAAGGCGACGGCGGCCGCUGCCACAACAGGCAGCAGCAGGAGAAAAGGAGACCCUGCCGUUGCCAAGACAGGCAACGCUGCCGCUGCCAAAACGGGCAAGGGCUCCGCCGCUUUGUCAUCGGUCGGGCAGGCCUUCCGCAGCCGUCGCGCGCCCGUCAUGGCACUCAAAAACAAAUUCGACAGCCAGCCUGGUGAGCCGGCUGCUGAUGCACCGAGAGGACUGGGUACAAGAAUCCCUGUAGUUGCCCAGCCAUCUGAGGCCUGA